AUGACUGGAACUGCGACAUCAACGAUUUCUUCGUCUACUGGUAGUGUUUCUUCUUUGCCAUCCAGAACUGAGUUUCACAAAGAUGAUUAUACACAUCAUUAUCAUCCUCUUUAUGUCCAUCCUUCUGAUAUCUUAGGAGGUUCUUUAGUGUCUGUCCCCUUUGAUGGAACUUGUUAUGCUAGUUGGAGACGCACUAUCCUUGUCACCCUAUCCGUCCGCAACAAACUCGAGUUUAUCGAUGGAACCUCCUUGCGCCCCUCCUCUGACUCACCAUUAGCUAGACAAUGGCAGAGUGUUGAGUAUUCUGAACUUGCUAAUGACGUCUGGAGUGAACUUCAGGAACGAUAUGGUAAAGCUGAUGGUGCUAGAAUUUUUGAGUUGCGAAAGGAACUAGCUCAUAUUUCUCAAGGAUCUCUUGACAUUCCAUCAUAUUUCAACAAAAUUAAGCAACUCUGGGAUGAGAUUGCCUCCAUUUCUGUCAGACGAGCUAUGAUUUGUAAUUGUGGUGCCAAAGGACUUUAUCAGGAAGAUGAAGAUGAGCAGAAGCUCUAUCAGUUCCUCAUGGGGCUGAAUGACACUUAUGUUCAGGUUAGGAGUCACAUCCUUCUGUUGAAACCCACUCCUUCGGUUGGAGUUGCAUAUGGGUUGCUUCUUAAUAAUGAAAAACAGAGAAUAGUGUCUGCUCCUUCUCACUUUCCUUCCAGCUCUACGUCCUUCAAUGUUGGAGUUACGAAAUAA